UUCUCUUUUUUUUACAUUUUGUGAUAUAAAUAUUUGCUGACUUAAAGUAGUUAAAGUAUUUAAUUGAAUUUUAAUACGGUUUUCAACAGCUCUCAAGAAAUGUAUACCAAAUACUAAAAAAAAAAAACAAAAAAAAAAUACCAAAAAUCAAACAUUAGUCUAUUAAGCUAAAGAAAGCAUUCCACUUUUAAGGUUAGAACAGUAUUCUUAUAAACUUCAAGUAUUCAAGAAAAUAUAUAAAAAUGUUUAAUUUCAAGUUUCAAUUACUAAUUAUAUGCUGUCUUUUUACAUUGUUAAUGCUAAUGUGUUGGCCCUCUACGAUACUGGCUUGCUCUAGUCGUAGUGUACCAAAACCUAGACCUUUCUCUAUAGCUGCACCCACCACUACUAAGAUGCCUCCUUCAACUACUAGUACCACUACUAUUACGAGCACAACUACUACUACUUCAACCUCUACAUUGGCUACAAUCAGCGCUAGCACUACUGCCACAACUACAACAACGACAACUACACUGAGACCGAAUAUAACAUUCCCGACAUUUAAAUGUUCGGCCGAUUAUCAUAAAUGGUAUUGUUUGAACGAGGCCACGUGCUUUGCAGUAAAGAUCGGCGGUUCGAUUAUGCAUAAUUGUGAGUGUGCUAUUGGCUUUAUGGGUCCUCGUUGUGAGUACAAGGAAUUAGAUGGCUCCUAUCAACCAAAACUUCCACGUCCUAUACUCGAACAAGCCAGUAUUGCCAGUGGUAUCACUUGCAUACUAUUGAUUUUGCUUUUCAUUUGUCUAGUCUUGUACUUACGAUACGACCAUAAGGUCGCCGUAGCCUCUGCUUCCAAAAAAUUAAUAUUUUAUGAUGAGAACGUAUAUGGAGAAGCAAUCAAUAAUUGUCGUUACUGUUUAGAGAAACGUUAUUGCUCUACUUUGGCUAUGGAAAAUGAUAAUAAAUAUUUACUUAUUUCAGAGGAAAAAGUUGAGGACGAGAAAGAAAACAAUUCCUGCUUGCAUCAGCAUAUUGAAGCAUUUCCUAUGGGUUUUACAACAAAACGAUUUAAUAGAUUUUGAGUAACAACAUUUUGAAUUAAUUGUAAAGAAGGCAGCAUAUAAUCUCUGUUUUUGAAAAAGAUUUUGGCGUUUGCUAAUGGAAGAAUUUGAAAUUUGAUCUUUAUAUUUCGCGUAUUAGCAUGCUUCAUCUACAUAUUUGUUUAUCCUUUUUUUUUUGAUUAUUUUACGUUCGGCAAGAGAACGCAGCGUUUCGCUGUGUUUCACGCUCUAUUCACAUUCCACAUUUGCAAAUUGCUAUGGUAUGACCCAAUUAUUCCAAUCUGUUUUUGCCUGAAUUUUGUAUCCGAUCAUGACUUUGAACUAAACACGACGUGGACAUUAGUGGAAAAGUCAGGAAACAAAUUUUCUUCUUUAAGUAUAUGCCGAAAAUACUAAAUGCUUUUCCACUGACAUUUGCGAUCCUAAUAUCUUUUGCAAUGGGGAUAACUCUAAAACGUGGAAUGUGUGCUUGAAAUUAUUUAGUUCGCUGGAUAUUUCGUUUAAAAAUAAGUAAAAUGUUUUUUUUAAAGUUUCCAAAUCAUCAAAGCAUUGUAUUUUGUUGCAGCUAGUUUUAAACAGUAGCAGAAACGUUGGUUUCAACUGCAAUGGAACGGAAUUCAGAAGAAUAAAAUAUAUUUUCCUGCUCAUGUGGACGGAUAUCCUUGAAUUUAAUUGUGAGACAUUUCAUCGCAAAGUUUUGAACGUUGACAUGAAAAGCUAUAAAGAUGCAAAUUUAAUAAACUUUAAAAAGGUUCUGUGUGUUCGCUAACAGGUCGGGAAAUGACUUAAUUCCGUCAGAAUUGGAAGCGUAAGAUGUUUUAAAUAAGUAACUUAUAAUUAGCAAAAAAACUAUCGCACGUGAAAUGUUGCAAGAAUAUGGGCUUAAAGAAUCUGCACAAACUAUUUUUUUUCGGCUCACUAAAUAAAUGAGAAAUUCUUUUGCUGGCUUUAUAUUCAGUAUGAUAAAGUAGAACUCUCGACAUCGAUUGGAUUAUUGGACAGGGUUUUAAAACGAACUAUCAACGUGCUGGAUUUUAGUUCGAAGAAAUUAAAUAAAUUCACAACCCGUAGUGAAAAAGAGAUAACGUUGAAAAAAAAAAAUUGAUAUUUUGCACUUAAAUUUAGUUGUAUAUGUGCAACUGCCAGAAUAAAAAGGAUAAAAAAUUGAAAGUUCCUAUAUGUUUUUCUUGUUAAGUCAGGAUCUGCAAUAUAUGGUGGUAAUAUGAUCACAACAUUUUAACGAAAAAUCAUUCCGAGCGACUAACUGAUAGACGUUCAAAAUUGAAAGUAAAGUUUCGUUCGCUUCACGACAGGAAUAACAAGUAAUCCGCGCGUUGCGUUAAAUUUGAACGCUUAAAAGUGAAUUGCUAGCAAAUGCCAUAAUCUCACGGAAAAUACUCAAUAAAAACUGUAACAGCAACUACGUGAUAUGUUAAAAAUUAUAUAAAAAAUAAAAUCUAUUGCCUUACUCUAACGUGGAAAAAGAAAAAAUUUAUUUGCUUACAUAUAUGUAUAUGUAUGGGUAUAUACGUAUAUAUGCUUACAAAUACAUGUGCAACCGCUUAAAAGGGACAUAUUUACUAAUAUAUUUACUGAAAGGUCUGCUAAUACAAAAGCAAAAGAGAAAAAGUGUCAAGUGAAAAUGUUUUUUUGUAGGUACUAUUU